CCCCGUUCUCCUGUUUGCAUGCAGAGUUGGAAACAAAGAUGGCUGAGGAAGAAGCUACAGAAACUUCUCCUGGAAUUCUUCAGGAGAUUUUCACUUCGCCGAUUAACAUAAGUUUGCUGUGUCUGUGUUUAUUUCUGUUGUACAAAAUCUUUCGUGGAGACAAACCGCCAGACAUGGGUGAGAUCGAGGAACCGCUGCCGAAAUUAAAGAGGAAAGAUUUCACGUUGGCAGAGUUGAAACAGUAUGAUGGAGUAGAAAACCCAAGAAUUCUAAUGGCUGUGAACGGGAAGGUGUUUGAUGUAACGAGAGGAAAGAAGUUCUACGGCCCAGAGGGACCCUACGGAGUGUUUGCGGGCCGGGAUGCAUCCAGAGGACUGGCCACGUUCAACCUGGAGAAGGACGCUCUCAAGGACACUCCUGAUGACCUGUCUGACCUGAACAGCAUGCAGCAGGAAAGCCUGAGCGAGUGGGAAGGCCAGUUCACCCAGAAGUAUGACUAUGUGGGCAAGCUGCUGCGGCCUGGCGAGGAGCCUACGGAGUACACGGACGACGAAGAGGUGAAGGAUAAGAAGAAGGAGUGAGCACAGCACAGCGCAGAGCAGCGCAGCCACCCACGGCAGCAGCAGCCUCUGUUUCAAUCCUUCCUUUCACAUGUAACACUUCCUCUGUGACCAAACUAAGUUCACGGGCCACUGAUAACUUCUCAACGUCUGUGACCCACCUCUGCAGCUGUGUGUUUGAUUCAGCAUCUUCACAAAAAUCUCACUACACUGAUUUUUAUGUUUUAUUUUUUUCCCCGCACACACCUUGCAUUCACCUGUGCAACUCUGCUUGGUACUGCUGUGGUAAUAUGACCAGGGUUCCUUGUCAGCCAUGUA